AUGCGGCUCCUUAAUACGCACACAAGUCGACUCGAAGAAUUCACGGACGAUACAAUACCCUCAUAUGUCAUUCUUUCUCACAGAUGGCAAAACGAAGAGGUGCUCUUCGAUGACUGGAUCAGCGGCCGGGCGCACGAAAAAGCGGGGUUUGGGAAAAUCGAGGGCGCCCGCAAGCAGGCAGCUGCGCGUGGUUUCAAGUACAUUUGGGCCGACACUUUCUGCAUAGACAAGCGCAGCAGUUCUGAACUAUCAGAAGCGAUCAAUUCUAUGUUCAACUGGUACAAGAAUGCUGAUGUUUGCUAUGCCUACCUUGUCGACGUUCCGGACAGGUUGGAGUCACACAGUGACCCUCUUUUCGCCCAGAGUGAAUGGUUCCAGAGAGGAUGGACGUUGCAAGAAUUGGUUGCGCCUAAGAAAAUGAUUUUUUUCUCUAAUGGAUGGGUAGAAAUUGGGUCAAAGGUCUCACUGCAACAUGUAUUAUCGGCCAUUACAGGUAUCGAGAUCGGAGUACUCACUUAUACCACAGACCUCUACUCAGUUAGUGUGGCGAAACGCAUGUCCUGGGCUGCAAACAGGAGAACAACAAGAAUCGAAGAUACUGCCUAUUGUCUUAUGGGCUUGUUUAAUGUCAACAUGCCGAUGAUAUAUGGCGAGGGUCUAAAAUCUUUCGUACGGUUACAAGAAGAGAUUAUACGAAACUCCGAUGACGAGUCGCUCUUUGCAUGGACAGAUCCAGAGGCUUCCCCGCUUACACCCUGUGGAUUGCUGGCCACUUCUCCAAGGCACUUUGCUCAGUGCGGAGAAGUAUCCUCAUACCAUUCAUGGGAUGGCCAGCUUCCAUUUUCCAAGACAAACAAAGGCUUCCGGAUAUCACUACCGCUUGAUCCUGUAGGAGACGAUGUAUACCUUGCUACCCUAAACUGUCGAGUGUCAGGAGAACAUGAAGGCGUCAUCGGUAUCUAUCUGAAGCAGCUGGGCUGGAGUGCUUUAGACCACAGGGAGGAUCAGUACGCCAGAAUCAACACAAACAAACUCGCCAACCCAAAGCGACGUGGUGGCGUUCGGCAUCUUUACGUGCUGCAGCAAAUC